AUGGCCGAGCACAUUGCCAAAGACGCUUCAACUCUCCCAAUAACCGGGGCGGCCGAACGUCUGAAACCAUCGCAAGCAACAUUUAUUCGUCCGGCCCAGAUGAGUCUCUUUGCGCGAGUGACAUCUUACCCACCGCUGGGACAGGUGACUUGUAUUAAGAGAUUACCCGGCCGCUCAACAGGAGAUGUAGUGCGGUUCACGGUCGUCAUCGAAUCCAGCACUUCGCUCCCGCAGCAAUCGUGGGAAGCUCAGAUCUGGCACAAUAUUACUAGCCCAGAAUGGUCAGCCCUCCCGCUACAACGGGUUGAAUCCACAAAUGCGCCACUGCUUAGUGGAGACGAAAAGCAAUAUAACUUCUACCGCUAUGUAUUCGCGCAAAAGAUACCACUCCCAACUCGCGGGGGCCACGCAAAGUUCACAGUGCGCUUCCGAACUAACCCGAACACUGAAUGGCAAUGGGCAAACCAGCAGCAUCCGCUCAGCGACGGGGAGCUUAUAUUUUCGUCACGAGAAUCAGAUAUUGCAAAGUCUCUAGCGUCCAAGCCUUCGCCAUCCAGUGCUCGGGAUGAUCUCGCGCGAUACAUUGAUCAUCUCUCUCCUGACGUCAAAAUAGAGUCCCGUCACAGCGAAUCCCCGGGGUCUCUGCUUUGGCGAGUAUAUGGAGCAACAGAGCCCGCCAAAGAGGGGGUUUCUGGCUUUAAAAAGCUCUCUCUUGGAACUCCUUCGUUGUUCAACAGAUAUUUCUCCUUGGUACGCAUAUGGAGUCCUUGGCUUGGCCCAAGGCAUGGCAAGGACAGGUUCCAGUUGACGGAGGAUGCGAUCAUGUGCUCUUUCCUUCGUGACGAUGGUAUCAACCUGGUCCUGUUGGCUGUCUCUGGGGUUAACGAUGUCUUGACUGUUUUCCAAUCGGGCGAGAACGGGGAAGUGGUCGUUCAAUCACGAAGUGACAACCACGAGGCGUCGAAUUUCCACGUCCUUAUCUCUGCCGCGGAAGACUUCGAGGUCGGCCUCGCAGCAUUGGUUUAUGAAUCAAGAAAAUUGGUUAAUCCGGUUUUCCCAAAUUCUGUCGAGACAGUAGAAAACGACCGACCCCUUUCACCCGAAGGAGAUGAUGUGGUGCUCGUGGAGAAAGAUGUGAAAGCUCAGUGGCUCGCUGAGUGGUAUGACGGGCUGACAUACUGCACAUGGAAUGGACUGGGUCAAAGUCUCACCCAAGAUAAGAUUCUCGAAGCUCUAGAUGCUCUCAAAAGCAAUGGGAUCAAGAUAACAAAUCUGAUCAUCGAUGAUAAUUGGCAAAGCCUGGAUAACGAAGGCCAGUCACAGUUCCGCCGGCGUUGGAUGCAGUUCGAUGCGAAUCCAAAAGCUUUUCCAAGAGGACUGGAACAGGCCAUUUGGAAGAUUCGCCAGUUUCACCCCAAUGUAGGCCAUAUUGCAGUUUGGCAUGCGUUGCUGGGCUACUGGGGCGGAAUCAGUCCUGAUGGGGAACUUGCGAAGAAGUAUAAAACCAAAGAAGUGCGAGUCAAAGACCCUGCUGCUGGAGGUCCAAUUGCACAUAAUGUCCCGGAGGGGAAGAUUCUAGCAAUCCAUCCAGACGAUAUUCAGCAGUUCUACAACGAUUUCUAUGGCUUUCUCCGAUCCGCUGGAGUGGAUGCCGUGAAAGCCGACGCUCAGUUCUUCAUCGAUCUCUUAGAUGACCCCGAGGACCGAAAGAGCUACAUCACCUCCUUCCAAGACGCGUGGUCUAUCGCCGCACUACGAAAUUUCGGCACGAAGACCAUCUCUUGCAUGUCUCUAAUUCCACAGAUGAUCUUCCACUCCCAGCUCCCAACAAAUAAGCCAUCUAUCAUAUUGCGAAACUCGGAUGAUUACUUCCCCGAAAUCAAUGAUUCUCACCCGUGGCAUCUGUUCUGCAAUGCUCAUAACUCUCUUUUCACUCGAUACUUGAAUGCUCUGCCUGACUGGGAUAUGUUCCAGACGAGCCAUCCAUAUGCCUCCUUCCAUGGUGCUGCACGCUGUAUCUCCGGAGGCCCGGUCUAUAUUACCGAUGAGCCAGGUAAACACGAUCUAAAGCUGUUGGAAGAGAUGCUGGCACCUACCGUCCAAGGAGGCACUAUUAUCCUCCGGCCAAGUGUCGUCGGUCGCACUAUCGAUGUAUACCACGACUAUAACGAAAGAAAUAUUCUGCGUGUGGGAAGUUACACCGGCUGGGCGAAGACCGGGAGCGGCAUCCUAGGACUGUUCAACCUGCAGUCCGGACAAUCAUCAUCAAUCGUCUCGUUGAGGGAUUUCCCAGGUAUACACGCCGACUCGACUGGUUCCUAUGUUAUACGUGCACAUACCAGUGGCAAGGUCACAGGGCUUUUGCACCCUCUUGAGCAAGACUCGCUAGUCUCUGUUCUGCUAGAGGAAAGGGGAUGGGAGAUUCUGACGGCUUACCCCACUCGACCAUUUACUCUGAAGCACAAGCGAAAGGAGAGUUUAUCAGACGCGCAAGAAGACUCGGAGUCCACUCAUGUAGCCGUCCUUGGUCUCUUGGGUAAAAUGACAGGUGCUGCGGCGACGGUAUCGUCAGAUAUACACAAGACAGACACCGGUCGACUGCAAUUCAAUAUCCAUUUGAAGGCACUGGGUGUGCUUGGCAUCUACUUUUCCGACCUUGCGAAAUGGGACAUUUCUGAAAACUUCAUGGUCACUAUUCUGGGACGCGCGAUACCUCAGAAGACUGUCUGGAAACAAGGCGGAGAUGGUUCCUCGGUGCUGGCAAUCGAUGUUCUCACCGCGUGGAAAGAGAUGAAGCUGGACAGUGGAUGGAGUAAUGAAGUCGUAGUCCAAGUUUUUGUCGGCUGA